AUGGUACUAGGAACAGCAGUUCACUGGAAUGGCUGUAGAGCCGCCGGAGAAGCAGCUCUUACCACCGGACCAGGUCCAGACAAUUCCUCAAAAUUGCGACGCAUUGAGGCGAUCCACGUCGCGAUCUCGGAAGAGGAACUGGACUGGGCACGAAAAAUUAUUUCCUUAGACCAAUCUGGUUUGAUUCAUGUUAAUUUAACCAGGAAUAAUGAAUCCCCAUCUAAAGAUCUAGUUACAAGCCAAAAGUCACAAGAUUCCAUCGAGCAAAUUGGGAGAUCUGUGAAGGCGAUUUCUGUAGAAAUCGUCGAGAAAUUGCCUCAGACGCGCCGCCAUAUUCGAACAACUUCCGAUGGAAAUAAAGAGGUUUCGACCACUGGGGAAUCUUCCCCAGGUCUUGAUGUACAUCUUACUGAAAUCUCGACGAGUUUUAACGGUGAAAUCGCAGGACACACUAAUUAUGGAAAAGUCACCGGAGCUCCGAUCAACAAUGGAGAUAAAGCUGAACACCAAAAUACUCAGUGUGACAAGGACAACAACCCUGAGGUAACAAUACCAACUACUCAACAUGAAAAUAACAAUUGCAAUUCUUCUAAUUUUCAGGGCAAAGAGGCAUCACAUUCAAAGGAGCAUAUCAGUGAGGAAGAGCAAGAAUCAGUAAGGGUGUUGAGCAAGAUGAAUCAAGGAAACAAUCAAAAUACAAUGCAUACACCAAAUCAGAUGUUUGAAGAUAUGAACCAAGAACAAAUGAAGAGGAAUGCAAAGGCAAUCACAGAUGAAAAUGUGAAAAAAAAUCUGCAAGUUGAGCGAUCUGCAGCAACUAAGCAGAACCAAAUAAAGAAGAUGCCAAAUUCUAAUGAACAACUUGGAACAUUCAUGGAUAAACAACAUAACAAUGGGGAGAAGUUCAUUUGGCAAGCAAAGGACAAAAUCAGUUCAAAGGACAACACCACACAGCAUUGCGAGGAGGAAGAACGAAAUCAACAAACCAACAGCAGCAAGGAGGCAGGUAAAUCUGUUAACUUAGAUCAUAAUACUAAUAGUAAUCAAAUUGUGAUUGAGAAUGAUGGUUUGUUGAUGCAAACUAAUGGAAAUGGUGGAGUUGAUCAGCAGGGCCAUAAAGACAAUAAUCAAAUGAACUCUAAAAUCCCUCCUCCUAUAAAGAUCUCCUCCAACUUUGAUGUCUAUCGUCCUGUCCAGCAAAAAAUAACCCAAAACAACGUCGAACAAACCUUGAAAAAAACCCCUGUCAGCAAUUCGGUUAACAAGAACAACCACCAGCAAAUCCCUGAUCCUGCCCCUUCCACCGUGACUCAAUCUCUAGCCACUAGACUUAGAGCUAACCAGCUGAAAAAUGCAACUCCCAUGAUCAUCGACCAGCCUAUUAUCACCACUCGCCAAGGAUAUCCGUCUAUCACUUUCUAUGAAGAGGAUUACCUUGGUGGGCAAAUUCCUCAAUGCUAUGCCGAAAAUGGAAGCUAUUAG